AUGCAGAAUUUGGAUCGAAGAGCUGACAUCUUCUACAUGUGUAUGCUGAUACUUCUUCUUGGAAUAUGCUUAGCUUUUGUUGCUGGAAAUCUGGCGACAAAAACAAAACCUAAAGAUUGUUGCAAAACCAUUGGCUGCUACUAUACGAUAAGCUUGCCAAAUGAUGAUCGAGGACUAUUAGUAAAAGACAUCGAUAUACAUCUUUGUUCUCACAUGUUUUACACGUACGUUGGAAUUAAUUCAAGCGGUUUGGUUGAAGUUGCUGAGCCGUAUACAGAUAUAGAACAUCGUGGAUAUACCGAUUUCAACAAUCUCAGACAAAAGAACCCGAAUUUAAAAACCUUAGCUGCAAUGCAGGUCGUGGACGAGAACUAUAUUCAAAAUAUCAACAAUAAACCAUUGAUCGAUCCGAAACUGCGACAAAAACUGGUUAAUAGUAUUGUCAGCUUCGUGAAAAAAUACGGAUUCAAUGGUGUUGACAUUGACUAUUCAGAUCCACCUCCACAAGAUAAAAAACCUGAAGAUAAGACAAAUUUCGUUUAUUUCUUGAAGGCACUCAGGGAAAGAUUCGACAAAGAACAUCUCAUUUUAACUGUAAAAGUUGAUUCAAAUGAAAAAAAUGCUGAGGUGUUAUAUGAUAUUAAAGGAAUAUCUACGUAUGCACACUUCAUUAACUUAAAGGCUUACGAUUUUCACAGAGAAUAUCAGAAGGAGAAGAAUGUUGGCCAUCCGGCUCCACUGCUUCAUUCACCAAAAGAAAAUUCUAUGGAAGGCAAGAAGAACAUUGAUUAUGUUGUGCAAUACUGGAUUAAAAACCAUGCGGAUCCAAACAAGAUAUUAAUCGGAACUUCUUUCAAAGGAGCAUCAUAUAGUUUGGCUGACCCAAGCCAUUUUACUAGAGGUUCACCAAUUUCUCAAGAAAGAGGAGAAUAUGACCAAGCCGCCUCAUAUGGCUUAAUUUGUGACCAUAUAAAAAAAUGGUCGUAUUACUUCGACAACGAACAGAAAGUACCAUAUGUUCACAGCCGGAAUCAAGUUAUAGCAUACGAUGAUGAACGUUCCAUUAAGGAGAAGGCGAUAUAUGCUCGCGACCAUCAUCUUGGUGGUGCAAUGGUUGAUAACAUGGAAGACGAUGAUUUCGGUGCACGUUGUGGAAAAAAAUUUCCGCUCAUGAAGGCUUUGGACGAAAUUUUGAGAAACAAAUGUUCUGCUGUUGCAUAA